AUGGCCUUCCUCAAGGCCCUCGCCCUGGGGCUACUCACCCUGUUGCCUCUGGCACAGGGCGCAGCGCCUUCCCUCCCGCUCUCUACCUCGAGCAGAUGGAUCCUCGACAGCACUGGCGCACGCGUGAAACUCCGCUGUGUGAACUGGGCCGGGCAUCUGGAGACACACGUCCCGGAAGGCCUGCACCGACAGCCCAUCAGCACGAUAGCCCAGUUCAUCGCGGACGCGGGGUUUAAUUGUGUGCGCCUGACAUACUCGAUCGACUGGGCCCUCAAUCCGAACGAGACAGUGCAGGACGCUUUCGCCAAUGCAGCGGACCUGGCCUAUGUCCCGUCGAUCGCGGACAACAUGACGACCUUCUACAGCAUGAUUGUCGAGCAGAACCCGUCCCUGGCCACCUCCACGGUCCGUGACGUCUACGGCGAUAUCAUCGACGCGCUGUGGGCCAACGGCGUCAUGACGAUUCUGGACAACCACGUGAGCAGGGCCCAGUGGUGCUGCAACCUGACAGACGGCAAUGGCUGGUGGGACACGGCGUUCGGUUACAUCGCAGACAACAGCCGCUUCUUCAACACGAGCCUCUGGCUGGACGGGCUGCAGGCCGUUGCGGAGUGGGCGCCCAGCCACGAGGGCGUGGUUGGGAUGAGUCUGCGCAACGAGAUUCGCCAGCUCUUGCUGCAGGGGACCAACGGCCCCUACGCCGAUUGGUACAAUUACAUCACGCAGGCCGCCGAGCUGGUGCACGCCGCCAACCCGGACGUGCUGAUCAUCGUGGGCGGCGGGGACAGCGCGACGGACCUGACGAUGCUGCGGGACACGCAGUACCUGGACUUUACGCCCUGGGCGGGCAAGCACGUGUGGGAGUUCCACGCGUACUCGUUCACGGUGACGUUCAAGCUGGACCUGGGCGACUGCGACCUCGAACAGGAUGAGUACGGCCUGUUUGAUGGGUUUGUGCUCACGCAGGGCGAAAACUUCACGGCGCCACUGCUGCUGAGCGAGUUCGGUGUCGACAUGACGGGUGGCUCCAACAGCGGGCUGAGCGAUGAUGACUACAGCUACCUGACCUGCCUCGUGGGGUACAUGGAGGGUAACGAUGCCGAGUGGGCGUUGUGGGCCAUCCAGGGGAGUUAUUAUGUGAGAAAUGGGGAGGUCGGCUACAAUGAGACCUGGGGCGUGUUGGAUUAUGACUGGAGCACGUGGCGGAAUCCCGAGUUUUCGCCUCUGUUGGGGACUAUGUGGAAUGUCACACAGGGACCGUGA